AUGACGUCUCCUCCAGAUAGCGCUCAUUCUGUUCCGGGCACUUUUACACCUUCUGAUUGUGGAAAGGUUGAUACCUGUACUGUUGUCGUUGUCCCACCUCAAACGACUACUGUCACAGCUCCUCCUGAUAGUGCUCAUUCUUACCCAGGUACUUUUACACCUUCUGAUUGUGGAAAGGUUGAUACCUGUACUGUUGUUGUUGUUCCUCCUCAAACUACUACAGUAACUGUUCCACCAAAUAGUGCUCAUUCUUUCCCGGGUACUUUUACUCCUUCGGAUUGUGGUGAAGUCGACACAUGCACAGUUACUGUUGUUCCUCCACAAACAACCACCGUAACUGUUCCGCUAAACAGCGUGAAUUCUGCUCAUGGCACGUUCACACCAAGUGAUUGCGGAAAUGUCGACACUUGUACCAUCACGGUUGUCCCACCUCAAACCACCACGGUUUUUGUUCCUCCAGAUUCAGCGCAUCCUCUGGCUGGCACUUACAUUCCUUCGGAUUGUGGAAUUGUCGACACAUGCACUGUUGUUGUUGUUGUUCCUCACGUUACUACAACACUAUCUACCAUGCCAAACAGAAUGUAUCCUAUUCCUGGAACAUACACCCCUGAGUAUUGCAAUGAAGCUGACGUUUGUACUGUGGUUGUUAUUCCUCCACAAACUAUCACGGUAACUUCUCCUACCGACAGUGCUCAUCCUACUCCUGGAAGUUUCACUCCUUCGGAUUGUGGAAUCGUGCCCACAUGUACAGUCACUGUGGUGACACCAGACCCUGUGGCAUCUUCUAGCAUUAUAUCUUCUGCCUCUCCUUCACAGUCGAUUACAUCCUAUCCCCACACGAUCGCUCCGAAGGUUUCGACUAUUCCCGAUGCUUCGUCUCUGGAAUUUUCUUCGCAAUUGUCUAGUUCCGUUCUGGCUAGCUCUGUUAUUCUGUCUAGCAGCGAAUCUGCGAGUGAACUGUCUUCUGCUGACCCAAGCUUGUCUUCAUCUGACCCAAGCUCGUCUUCAUCUGAUCCAAGUUCGUCUUCGUCUGACCCAGUUUCAUCUUCUUCAGAAACCAGUUCGUCUUUAGAACCAAGCUCGUCUUCUUCUGACCCAACUUCAUCUUCGGCAGACCCAAGCUUGUCUUCCUCGGAAGCCAGUUCGUCUUCUAUGGAUCCAAGCUCGUCUUCUUUAGUACCAAGUUCGUCUUCAUCUGAUCCAAGUUCUGAACCAAGUUCUUCGUCAUCUGACCCAAGUUUGUCGUCAUCUGAUCCAAGUUUGUCUUCUGAUGCGAGCCUGUCCUCAUCUGACCCAGUCGUGCCUUCUUUCACGUACAAUUCAGACUCUGUCUCUACUGAAUCGACAUAUCAAGACCCAGGGGUUGUUACUGGUUCUGAUCCUAAAUUCUCAACCAAUACUGAUCCUCGGUCGUCUUCCGGCUUCCCAUCUGUGACUUUUGAUGUCCCUGAGUUUAGUAUCGUGUCGAGCUAUUCUGAGGCUUCUCCUAUUCCUCGUUUCUAUGGAAAUUCUUCUUCUUCUUCUUCUACCUACGUUCCAAUCUCCACGACUUCGAAUUCGAUCCCAUCAUUCUCCGAUUAUCCACCCGACUCUCAGUCACCGGAAUUGUCGAGCUACAUUAUUACACUGACUUUGCCAGACUCUAAUAACCCUGUUGUUGAGACCGAGACCGAAACCGAAACCAGUACCGAAACAACAAUAGUUGACCCACCGGCUGAGGUUAGUACGGAAACCGAUGUUAUUGAAACAACUAUACUCGACCCUCCUGCUGUUAACACAGGAACAACUAUUGUUGAUCCUCCUGCUGUGAACACGGAGACUAUUGUUGAUCCUCCUGCUGUGAACACGGAGACUGUUGUUGAUCCUCCUGCUGUGAACACGGAGACUAUUGUGGUUAACACAGGAACAACUAUUGUUGAUCCUCCUGCUGUUAACACAGAAACUGCUGUCGUUCCUCCUGCUGUUAACACAGAAACUAUUGUUGAUCCUCCUGCUGUUAACACAGAAACUGUUGUCGUUCCUCCUGCCUCUAACACAGAAACCGGUCUGUCUGAGACAGCUACUGAUGUUCCUGCCAUCGGCUCUGGUGGUGUUUCUUCUGAUGUAUACAGCUCCCACUUUGCUACAAAGAUUCUUACGGAUGAUGCUCCACCUAAAUCCGGAGGCAAGCUUGAUUCCCCAUCGAGCUCUGGAUCUGUCCCAGAAAGUAGUGGAGGAGUGGAGAUUAAUUCUAUUCCUGGUGUAUCCAUUGAAUACCUUUCAGCGACCUCCUCUGCUUCUGGUGCCACACCAGAUGCUUCUGUUUCGCCAAGUUCGCCUUCUCUGCCUUUGAUCACAAUCGCAGAAGGUUUGAGCAGCAGAAAAUCAAUUGGCAUUUCCAUGAUGGCUGUUGUUCUCGCUUAUUUAUUCUAA